AUGGACUUCCUUGACGAGCUCGAAGGGAUGGCGCAAGCCGCGUCGGCGCUUCAGACCAAUGAUGAGAUUCUGGAAUCGACUAUCGCUCAGUGGCAAAAGCUAUUCAACUACUCUGCUGCAGUGGCGGAGAACAAGAUCACGGGGCACCGGAAGGACCUGGUCCGCUUCACUGUUUCUGACAAUCACUGGUCCCUCGUUCGAGAGCGGAAGGAGGCUGAAGGACACGACCGUGAGUCUUAUGAACAUUUAUGCGGUCUUAUCUCGCGUGAUACGGUCAACCAACACCCGGAGAUCACUUUGAAGGAGAGGCGAAGGCUUCGAGCCUCAAACUUCUUGAUCAAGCUUGAAGGACCCUUGAACAGUGUCCAAGCAAUCGUUCAGGCAGCUGGUCUAUCAUCAGUCUCAACUGAAACCUUUGCAGCUACCGACCUCUCUGGACAAACCAGUUCCUUUCUUAUGAUCAACGGGAUAGAUAAGCUGGCCAUUGAGGGAUGGCUAAAGGAAUCCCCCUACCCAGAUUUCGUGCCAACAUUCGUCCGGGAUCUGCAUGCAUCAAAGGAUCUCUCGUCGAGCUCUCUUUACCCAACGCUGGGUCUGGAUACAACACUGCCUCAGUAUCGACUUGGAUCAGAUAAACUACCUUGUCCUGCACAGAAUGAAUAUCCCGUCUGGUAUUUCUUCUACGGGACCCUUGCCGACCCAUCCGUUCUAGCAAGGCUCCUUGGUUCCGACUUCCAAGCUCAAUACUACGCAGCGAAAGUUCGAGGGGGAGCUUUGAAGACUUGGGGAAAAUACCAUGCUUUGGUAGAUGAUGAGGGCCACUCUAAUUUGGUCCAUGGGAAGGCCGUUCUCAUUAAGACUCGUGAACAAGAGGAACGCCUGCGGGCAUACGAGACAAACUUUUACGAGGUAGUUCGAUGCAGUAUCGAGAUAGGCUCGGAGGAGUUCGUAAGUGGUCUGACGUUUCGAUUUAUCACAGACAUGACGGACUAG